UGAGUCAAACAGUCUCUUCUGGUGCAGACCGAGUGGAAGUAGACUGGAUUUAUAGAUUCUUUCAUUUGGAGCAACAGGAACCAGCUCAUACGAAGUGGCAACAUGGCUGUGGCGGGCUGUACGAAAUGCAUAAAAUAUAUGUUAUUCUUCCUUAAUUUUAUUUUUUGGCUGGCCGGAGGUGUGAUCCUAGGAGUGGCCCUGUGGUUACGCCAUGACAACCAAACCAGCAGCCUCCUCAUACUUCAGUUUGAAGGCCAGCAGGCGCCCAACACUUUUUACAUCAGUGUGUACAUCCUGAUAGCUGUUGGAGCCAUCAUGAUGCUCGUUGGUUUCCUCGGAUGUUAUGGAGCCAUUCAGGAGUCUCAGUGUCUGCUGGGGACAUUCUUCUUCUUCUUGGUCAUCCUGUUCGCCUGUGAGGUGGCCGCAGCAAUCUGGGGUUUCAUGAACAGAGACACGAUUUCCAAGGAACUUAUAAAUUUCUACGACGGCGCGUACAUCAAGGCUGUGGAUGUCUCAGGGUCUCCCAGUAAAGAUGCCGCCGUCAAGGUGCUGGAGGCUUUCCACUCUACGCUCGAGUGCUGCGGGAAAGGAGACACCGACACAGCUCUCUUCAUACAACUCGCUCCAACUUUGUGUCGCCCAAAACCUCUUUCUGCCCCAAAAACCAGGGGCUGUCAUGAAAAACUGGUCCUGCUCUUUUCCGAGAAGCUCUACCUCAUCGGCCUCGCCGCUUUGGUGGUUGCCGCCAUCAUGAUCUUUGAGAUGAUCUUCACCAUGGUGCUCUGCUGUGGGAUCCGGAACAGCCCAGGCAUGUACUGAGGGGGGCAGGAUGAUCCACAUCAUACAACAGAGAUACGUGUUUCUGUGCUGCCUGUGGCACAAGAUGGGUAUUAUUCCAUUUUUUAUUUUAGAUUAGAAAUUGUUUUAUUGCUUGUUUGUCAUGGCUAAUCUGUAACUGGCCUGUUUUUUUUUUCUUUCAUCUAUCAAACGACAUCUGAACGAAACAAAAGUUCUUUUUGUUGGAAUAAGCUUCUCCAGCAGUCAGUGUUUUUGUUUUUUUAAAUGUAUAAAUUGUACAUAUAUAACUGAUGUUUUUUUUUAUAGCAGUUAGGUGAGUGUGUGUGUUUCCUGGUUGUGUGUUUUUGUGGCAUCUCGCCGCAGCUGACUGUUAUUUAAGCAUCAUUAAGAGUUUCUGUGAUCAGUGAUGAUUUGUGCAUCUCUUCUACAAAUUCUUGCAGCCUCUUUUAUUUUAUUUGAAUUUUUAAAUGAUAAUAAAUUAUGUCAAGUUUCCUGUAC